CCUCCCCCUCCCUCUGUGAUGAUUGAGAAGAACAAUGACAAGAUUCUGGAACUCAUCAGGAAGAUGAUGGAUCUGCUGACAGGAGAGGUUCCUAUAAGGUGUCAGGAUGUCACUGUCUAUUUCUCCAUGGAGGAGUGGGAGUAUUUAGAAGGACACAAGGACCUCUACAAGGACGUCAUGAUGGAGGAUCAGCCGCCCCUCACAUCACCGGAUGGAUCCAGUCAUGGGAACCCACCAGAGAGAUGUCCCCGUCCUCUGUAUUCCCGGGACUCCACACAGGAAGGUCACACCAUCCCCCACCACCAUCAGGUAGAUGUAUCCAGUAAUGGGAACCCACCAGAGAGAUGUCCCCGUCCUCUGUAUUCCCUGGACUCCACACAGGAGGAAAUCAUCAUCCCUGAGGAUUCUGCUGAAGAACAUCACCCAUGCUUUCAAAAAACGAUCUCUGAGGUAUAUCAAACAAUGAGGGGACUUUCCUAAUACCGGAGCAGCUGUGUAUG